GGCUCUCUAGUCCGAUCUCGCUUUAUCCGCGCAAACAGUCAUCCCCGGCGCUCUGUACCUGUGACGGUGGUCGACUCUGCAAAUCGGAACUCCAUGCCCUAAUUGUCGCCGACCUAGUCUCUGUUCUGCUAUCUACGUCGGCGGCAGCGGCAACCACCGGAGCUUUCCAGAAACUCGUACCCCUCCGAGCAACUACUCGACGCGGGUGGCCUCCUCCUUCCUCCUAGCGAGCUUGUUCGACAUCAGUCACCCCUCCCUCUUUUUCGCAGUCCUCCUCUCGGCGUCUCGACACCGGCGAGUUCGUCACUGUGUCUCGGACUGCGGCAGUUCCGGAACAUUACCUUACACAAGGGUUGGAGCUUAAUAUCUGAUUAGGGGAGUAACCUAAGAGUUUGGGAAAGGAUGAGUUGUCUUCAAGCUGCUGCUCUCAAGCCAUUGCUUUAUGUCAAUAAAGAUAGGCUGUCAUGUACUUCUUGUCCCAGCCCAGUUGUUCAAGUAACCCUUUUGAACCGAUCCUCGAGAACAUCCUUGAGAUUAUCUUCAAAGGAAUUCACGUGCCGGCAAUUUGUGCCAGUGCUGAAGCACCGGCUGCACUCUCCCAUGUUAAAGGACCGUCAACUGGUACCUUUUGGCUUAUUUGGUGGUAAAGGGAAGUCAGAAGAGGGGAAUGAGGGUUCAGCAUGGAAAAGUCUCGAGAAGGCAAUGGGAAGUUUUGGUAAGAAUCAGUCAAUAGAAGACGUGUUGCGUCAGCAAAUUGAAAAACAAGAAUUCUUUGAUGAUGGCAACACUGGUGGAAAACCACCACGGCAAGGUGGUGGAGGCGGCGGUGAUUUGGGUGGAACUGAGGAUGAGGGCUUUGCUGGAAUACUGGAUGAGACAUUGCAAGUGGUUCUAGCAACCCUUGGUUUUAUUUUUCUGUAUGUGUAUAUCAUCUCCGGAGAAGAGCUGACUCGACUGGCGAAGGAUUAUAUCAAGUUCCUUUUUGGAGGGAGCAAGAGUGUUCGUCUAAGGAGAGCAAUGUACAAGUGGGGGAGGUUCUACAAAAGGCUGACAGAGAAGAAGGAAGUCGAUCCGUACUGGCUGGAAAGAGAGAUCAUCAACACGACGACUUGGUGGGACAGCCCCGAUAAGUACAGGCACUUGUUGAGGUCAUCCAAUGAGAGUUCUCACCAGGAAUCAUCCGAUGAGAGUUCUCACCAGGAACCACGAUACGAUGAAGAGUUUUUGACUUUUGAGCAACUCCCAUCUUAGAUUUUUGCUUCUGAGGAACACGUACUGGAGAUGACAGGAUCAUUCAUUCAUACUUUUGGAUAUGUUUAAUAUAUAGUUCCCGUAGUUUUUAGCUCUUUUAGAUGGGGAGAACAAUCAGAGAUUUGCAAUUAAUUUGGUCUCGAUUUGAUAUCAAUGUAGUAGAGUGCAAUUUCGGGCUUGAAGAUCCAA